AGCCAAGAGUAUAUAUUCAUUUUAGCGAUUCCCUCCAUGCUUUCUCCUUGCUCACUGUAACUUGGCGUCUGGUUUGUACUUAUUAUAUAGAAAGAGGUGCUUAUCAUCCCUCCAUUAGGACAUCUCGGGCUGUUUUUGUGGACCGAUAAUCCAUCGCAACCCAGAAUAACUAUUAGAGAGCGGUAUGGAUAUGAAAAGAAGAAUUCACUUAGAACUGAGAAACAGAACACCGUCAGAUGUACGAGAACUGGUGUUGGACAACUGUAGGUCUAUUGAAGGAAAAAUAGAAGGCUUAACUUCAGAGUUUGUAAAUCUAGAGUUUCUCAGUCUAAUAAAUGUUGGAUUGAUGUCUGUCUCCAACCUCCCCAAGCUUCCAAAAUUAAAAAAGCUCGAGUUAAGUGAUAACAGAAUUUCAGGUGGACUUGAUGUAUUAGCAGAAAAGCUUCCCAACCUUACACAUCUCAACCUCAGUGGGAACAAGCUGAAAGAUAUCAGCACAUUGGAACCAUUGAAAAAAUUAGAGUUCUUAAAAAGCCUGGAUCUGUUUAAUUGUGAAGUAACAAACCUGAAUGACUACAGGGAAAGUGUCUUUGGCCUCCUUCCGCAACUGACCUAUCUUGAUGGCUAUGACCAGGAUGAUCGAGAAGCUCCGGACUCUGAUGCAGAGGCUGAUGGAGAUGGAGUAGAUGAUGAAGAAGAUGAUGAAGGUGCAGUAUUCGUUUAUUUCAAGAGACCGCAGUGUUGCAUUUGUAUUCCUCAAUUUGGAAGGAGAUCAGGGAGGGCAUUUAAUGGCUAG